AUGGGCGCUUUGCGCGGGGGAAGCGGGCUUGCGAGGGUGUUAUCGCCGCUGCCUCGACGGGCCGUAGGCGUGCUGAGGCGACAGACCAGGAGGGGGGGUCGCAGUGCUCCACAGACAGUGCUGCCAAAUGACCCCCCGAGGUAUUACUUGCAGGUGCGUCAGGUGGUGUUUCGUGUGCUGCAGGAGCACGUGGGUACAGCGGCAGUGUUGGCGCGGGGAAAGUGGAUUGCAUCUCUCUGUGAUGCAUGUGACGCCGUGGCGCACCAGGAGCCCCUGGAGGCCCCGCUGGACCUUGUCAUGCUGAGAAAAAGCGUGGAUGAGUGCUUACAUGGGGCUAGUGGUCUGGAGUUGGACCCGACGCAACUCGACACCAUCGCGGAACUCCUCACUGCAGGCUUGGCAAGGGUUGUUCCAAAGCUUCCACCGCCGACAAUGGCCGAAGAGACACAGGCGGACACCAUGCGUCCCACGAAGAGGCGACGUAGGGAGACGUCGCUGUAUGCCGUGCUGCAGGAUUACCGCUUUGGCACUGAGGAGGUGGAGGAAACUGAGACGAUGCAGGUGCGUGGCAGUAUUUUCCCAACAUUGCCCACACUUCCCAGUGUGUUUGCGGAAAGUGCCGUCUGUUCUGUCAAUUGCGUCACCUUUGAGCAUCUGCCCAUGAAGUACUACGCUCCAGAGGGGAUGAAGCGACAGCUGGUAGCAAUCUGCAGCCGAAUACCCAACGCAUUCUUUCUUAACGUGCAUUGUGUUCCGGGUGAGGGAUGUGCUGUUGUCUCCUUCAACAGCAAUGAGACAGCGGCCGCCGUCAUGUUUAUUGUGAACUCGGCGAAUUCCACUGACGCUGCUGGGAAUAGCGCCGCUUCCUCCAGAGUGAACGUGAUUCCGGCCACGGAGGCGCAUCAACAGCUCUUGUGGGGGCCUUUGGUGGAGAAGGUGAAUGAAUUGGAAGAGAAGUGGCGCGUUUGGCACGCCACAUAUGUGGCGCAUCCGCCCCACUCGAUCCGUCAGGCGUGGACGGACGCAAAGGCCAAGGCAUUGCAGUUGGAGCAGGAGCUGCAGCGGCUUACAUCCAAUGAGGACAUCAAAGGAGGCGCGGAGGUGGCCGAGGGAACGGCGGCCUCGCCUUCAGAAGAGCAGUUGUGCAGAAAACUGCAGCUUCUACAGGAACUUUUGGAGUGCAAGCAUAUUAUUGACCGGGCGGAGGGGCAGAUGCAAGAGCUGUAUCCUGAGGCUUACGCACAGUAUCUUAAAACAGGUCCCAUGGUGGCGACGUAUUCGACUAGCAAAGCCAAUGUGUCGGAUCACCGCAGGCUUCUUUUCAUUACAGAUUUGCCAUGCAGGCUGGAUGACGCGGAGUUGUUGCAGUUUUUUCACAUCUUGGGUCUGCAGCCUGUACACGUCUGGCGUGAUCCCACCAAGGAGACGUCCAUUUGUGUUGAGGUGCCAAGCGUGGGCCACAGCUUCGCCGUUCUGCGGCAGCUGGACGGUUCAGGGAUGCGUUUCUGCGGGGCAUAUUUUGCCCGUGAUCGCGUCGUUGGUGCUCAAAAAGUAAAUGCAAGAAGCAGCGGCGGGUGGCACCCACCGUUUUCUCUUUGUUACUGGUGUUGUAUGCUUGGGGGUGUAACUGUUUGCGUGUCUGCGUUCUUUGCGCUCAUAGCUGCUUCUGUCACUCUGCGCGCCUCACCGCUGUGA